CUUAUGAAAAUUUUCCAGCAACGAGAACAACAUGUAUAUGAAUACUAGCAUAAAACCACAUUUGAAACCAAGACAAUUUUUUGGAAACAAUGAAGAAAAGAAACAUCCCUUCCACAAAAAACAGCUGAAUGGAAACAUAGCAGCACACGAAAGCAAAGCCAAAAAGAACACAGCGAUGGAAGAUUACAACUUCGAGACAUUUUGUCUGUUCCGAUGCAACGAAUUUUAAAAUAUCAUCUAUUGUUAGAUAAGCUUGUACAAGAAACGGUGCCAACGCAUGACGAUUUUAGAGGAUUGGAACGGGCCAAAGAAGCGAUGGUAGAUGUUGCACAGUAUUCUAAUGAAGUAAAGCGUGAUUCUGAACAUCUUAUAGUGAUACAAAAAGUAAAGGAAAGUAUUUCUGAUCUGAACCUUCCCAAUGGCAACAAUCUCGAGCAAUACGGACGGUUGUUACUUGACGGGGAUCUUAAUAUAAAGGCACACGAAGACCAAAAAAUGAAGCAUCGAUAUGCUUUUGUCUUCGAAAAGGUUAUGAUUCUGGUAAAAAAUUCCAAUACUAAGAUCGGGGAAGCACAGUAUUCUUUUCGAGAAGCUCACAAUUUGUUGGAUUACAGGAUAGAAAUAUUGAAUUCUCGUCGCACUUUAGGUCGUGAUGGUCGUUUGAAGUAUUCUCUGCUAUUAGCACGCAAAACGCAAGCUACUGCUUUCACGCUUUAUAUGAAAACUGAAGAAGAACGCGAAAAAUGGAAGAGAGCAUUUGAAACAGCAAUGGAAACCUUGGAACCCGUAGGAUGCAAGAAUACUGAUCAUAAAUUUGUUAUACACACUUUUGAUACGCCUGUCAUCUGUCGCCAUUGCUCGAAGUUUUUGAAGGGAAAAAUACAUCAAGGUUAUCGAUGCAAAGUAUGUGAAAUAGUAGUACACAGAGGUUGUAUUUCGUCAACUGGUCGAUGCAAGCAAUUGCAACAAACACCGCCGCCGGUAUGUGAUCGAUUGCUUUCGGAGUUCAACUGGUUUGUUGGUACAAUGAAUCGAGAUUCAGCUACCCAGCGUCUAGAAAACAAAAAGAUUGGAACCUAUCUGCUACGUGUCCGUCCGCAAGGUGCCUCUCAUGAAAGUGAAACAAUAUAUGCGCUUAGCCUGAAAACCGAUAAGAAAAUAAUUAAACAUAUGAAAAUUUAUCAGAAAAAAGAGCACCAGAAUGUGUUUUAUUAUCUUUCGACAAGAAGAUACUUUAAAACUAUAAUAGAACUGGUUUCUUUUUAUGAAAGGAACGAUUUGGGCGAAAACUUUGCUGGCCUAAAUCAACUUCUCCAAUGGCCUUUUAAAGAGGAAAUUGUUGUAGCCAUCUAUGAUUUUGCACCCAAUGAGCUCAAUCAACUACCAAUGCGCCAGGGAUGUCAGGUGAUUGUAAUUGGAAAAGAAGGAGACAGUAAAGGCUGGUGGCGUGGCAAAACAUUAGAAAAGGUUGGAUUUUUCCCCAAAGAGUAUGUACGGCCAGCAGUAAUCGGUGAAGUAUAAAUGAUCAAUUUAAAGUUCAUAACAUCCUGAACACAAUCCACUCAUAUAAAGAAUGAGAUAAUUGAGACGCUGUCAUGUAUUAAAGUUAGUGACUUCGUUAAUCAAAUACAGGACCUGUUCUUUUGUUUUUAAUUACAAGGUUUGGCAGAUGGAUAAAGCAACAUUCAAUGCGACAACGAGUCUGAUUCGAACUUAUCUACAGCAGUCGAAUUAUAAUGAUGCCAUUUAAAAAAAGGUUAACUAGGAAGUGAUAUUCCACGUAUGGUUGUCAGUUUUUCAGGAAAGCUAAGUGAAAAACGAUUUUACGUGUUUUCAUCAUAAUAAAACAGAAUAACAUCGGGUAGAUGAUUUAAAAUGUGUUUAAAAAGUUUAACAGAUUUACAAAAAAAAAAGUUAAACAUGGCAUAAACUAGUAUUACAUAUGUAUGUGCUUUGAAUGUUUGAUGUGCAAGCAAUGUUUUGUAAAAGCAUGUUAUGAAUAAGCGCUAAGAAACGUAAAUAAUAAACAGAGCAACAACGAUUAAAAGAUAUAA